AUGUACGCGCUCUCGGCUCGUACGCGCAUUGCACUGGGGAAGCAGACUUGGCUAAGCGGCAGUGCUGAGCUAAGCACGCUUGCAGGCCUGGCGUCCGCACUUCAGAACAAGAUGAUGGGACGGCAGAGGGCAGGGAGUGAGGAGGGGGAUGGGGAGGGUGUAGGAGAGGCUUCGGGUUUCAGGGGCUUUGUCUCGCUACGCCAUAAGAUGAAGGGUCACGAUUUGAUCGCGCGAGCGGGGUGGGGAGAGCAGUGUGUGGACCGCGCUGGCCGCUACUGGACGCUGCCCCGUGCGCUCUCCCUUGACUUCGCCUCCCUCGUCACCAGAGAAGGGCUGCGCUACCGCUUCGGCCUGCAGCACGUUGGAGGGACGCCAGAGGAGAGUGGAAGGCCAGGUGCACGGCCAGGCCACGGGGCGGUGUUGGUGGUUCCCUGGGGAGCAAAGGCAGGCACGCGGGCACAGGCAGGCAUGUCACUGGAGGGGAAGGUCACUGUGUGGAAGGACCGAUGCGAGAAGAGGCGGCGACAAAAGGAAGCUGCCAAAGAUGCCUCCUCCUUUCCCUCCUCGUCCUCGUCCUCCUCCUCCUCAUCAUUAGAAUCUAAUGCGGCGUUUCCAUCCUCAUCCUCCACUUCCUCCUCCUCCUCAUCAUCCUCCUCUUCAGGUUCUGUGACCUCCCAUUCUCUUUCUCCGCCUCCUCCUACCCCUUCCUACAACUGGCUGGCAGCUCGGCCGCGCAUCACCCUCUCUGCCGUGCUGGGGGGUCUGGCUUCCACCGAGGUCUCAACCAGCAGCAGUAGCAGCAGCAACACCAGCAACACCACCACAACGCAAAGCCAGGCAUCUAGCUCAGGGGUGAACGGAGCAGGGACGAUCGGGACGGAAGAGGAGAGGAGAGACACAAAGGGGUCCUUCCAUCUCUCCUCUCUCCGUCCCUCCUCGCUUCAGCUCUCCUCUCUCUCUACGGAUCUCUUUGCGUCCGUGGCGGUAACCGCACAGCUCGGCAUGUUUGAGCGCGCACUCUUCGAUCACACUCUCCUCAACGCCACGCUCACCUGCGGCUCGCUCUCUGCUGCCGGCUACAACCUCUCCCAACCCGCGUCCGCCACGUCAGCGCCGGCGCCGGAUGCCACGUCAGCGGUGACGUCAGGUGCCACGUCAGCAGGCUGGCGGAGAGAGGAGCGGGGUGCGCCGACGCUCUCUCUGUCGUUCCAACAACAGAUUUUUGGCCCAGUGAGGGGUCGCUGGGACGCAUGCAUGGGUGUGGAUGCCAAGAACCCCCUCGCUGCUCCCACCUUGCUCAAUUCAACCUACGCUCUCGAUUGCUCCCUCCUCCCCCCCAUGUGCAGAUCUUCGGCCCACCCACGCCCUCCAUUGCUCCCUCCACCUCAUCAACUACCUCCUUUCACCCUCCACUCGCCCUCUCCUUUUCUGCAGAUAUUUGGCCCAGUUUUCGGCCCAGUUUUCGGCCCAGUGAGGGGUCGCUGGGAUGCAUGCAUGGGUGUGGAUGCCAAGGCUCCCCUCACUGCUCCCUUGAGGGGUCGCUGGGAUGCAUGCCUGGGUGUGGAUGCCAAGGCCCCCCUCGCUGUUCCAACUUCCAACCUUGCUCAAUUCAACUUACGCCCUCAAUUGCUUCCCUCCCCCACACCCCACGUGCAGAUCUUUGGCCCAGUGAGGGGUCGCUGGGAUGCAUGCAUGGGUGUGGAUUCUAAGGCCCCUCUCGCUGCCCACCUUGUUCCACUCAGCCCACGCCCUCCAUUGCUCCCUCCACCUCAUCAACUACCUCCUUUCACCCUCCACUCGCCCUCUCCUUUUCUGCAGAUCUUUGGCCCAGUGAGGGGUCGCUGGGAUGCCUGCAUGGGUGUGGAUUCUAAGGCCCCUCUCGCUGCUCCCACCUUGCUAGACUCAACCUACGCCCUCGAUUGCUCCCUGGAGAGGCUUGGAGCUGCCAGGCUCGUCGUCUGGUAUUCCCCAACCAGACGGGAAGGCAUGGCGGAGGUUCGGUUGCUUGACCGGUAA